AUGGAUGAAGGGGUUUCGGUUAAGUCAGUUCAUUUUGACACUCGGGAUCAUGGUCCAGAAGCCAUACCUGGUAUUUUACUACAACAUCGACCACUGCUAUUUGUGCCACGAGGGAAGGGAUCUCCGGACAUGGAAAAUUUCCAUCAUGGUCCAGCCUUCAUGUCUACUGAAUACAAAACCAGGUUCACACCAAAAGCAACUCAUCCCCUAGGCAAAGCCCAAAGAGCAAUAAUAGGAGAAAUGGAAAAUUCAGGAUUCACAGAAGGAUCAAAUUUAGAACCAAUAACCCAUGAUCCUUAUUCACAGUACCAUGUACCGAAGGGGUACCACCGUUUGAUGGGACACAGUAUUACCAAGACAGAUUUUCUGCCAUCUUCCAUGUUGCAGGGCAGAGAGCCACUGCCAGCUUUGGCCAGGAAUUCCAACAGAGACAGUGGUUUCUCCAGGGAACUAGAUCAAGUUCUUCAUACCAAUGCUCCAUUCAAUGACUCCCAAUCUGAUGAUAAAGCUAAGAACAAAGAUGACCUUUUAGGAAGGAUGAAUGUUGGUAAAAAGGAGGCAUCUGGAUUCAGUAACAAUAAUCUCACUUAUGUACAGUCAGGGAAGGAGCCCCCACAACAGUACCUGACUAACUACAAACUAAGGUUCUAUGAUCCUGUACCCCAUGGAAGAGACAGAGAAGGUUGGACUCAAGGUGGGAUCCAGAAACAACAACACAGUGGCUUCUCUGUCAGUAAUGAAGUACAUAUCAGAGGCAUCUAAACCAAUUUAGCAGGAUGUAAGAAAGAUUCUGAACAACUCAACACUCUUCAGCAUUGAAAACGUCUAUAUAUAUAAACCCAUAUCACCAUCUAAAGCAAAAAAUAAAUCUCAGCACCAUAACUUACAAAGCUUAUAUUUCGUACUCAGAAACUAUAUGGACUUUGUGAAGGUCAAAUUUAGUUGCAGGUGGAUCAUUUUGUCAGCAGUACUUUCUUACUGGAGAAUGUGAACUCGGUAUUAAAACCAAAACAGCCUUGCAAAUCUUAAAGGGGUACUCCAGUGGAGAACAUUUUUUUUUAAAUCAACU